CUAACAUAAACAAACCACUGAACACGGAGAAACUGCGACACACAGCAGGUGUGCAGCUCCCACAGUCUCAGGACUGAUGAAUCUUUUACAGGACACUAUACAGACAGAAAAGAUAACCAACUGAAGAUAAGGAUGAAAUAGAAAACAAUUUCAUCAUGUUCCGGGAAAAAGAAAGAGGGACUGCAAGCAGGAGAGAACACAGCAGGACUAGACCACCUUCAUUGGGUGAUGAACCAUUCCUGGGUUCUGCUGAAGACACACAGUGUUUUACAGUAGAGAAACGGGACAUACAGACAGUUUCAGACUGUGAGAGGCUGAAUGUGUUGGUGUGUGGGAGCGACGGGUCACUGAAAUCCUCCAUCUCAGAGCUGAUCCUGCAACACACACACAGAAGAUCAGAGAGUAUGAGGACAGACGUGGAUCUUCAUGGUCGCCUGAUCAAUGUGCUGGAGCUUCCAGCUCUGUUCAACACUGGGCUCUCAGAGGAGGAAGUGAUGCGUCAGACUCUCCGCUGUGUGUCUCGCUGUCAUCCUGGAGUUCAUGCUUUCCUCCUCAUUAUUCCUGACGCUCCACUCAAUAAUGAAGACAGAGCAGAAAUGGAGGAGAUCCAGAAGAUCUUCAGCUCCAGAAUCAACAAACACAUCAUGAUCCUCAUCAUGCAGAAUUCAGAGCAUCAGACAGCAGAACUCAAUGAAGAAACACAGGCUGUCAUUCAGAGUUUUGGAGGAAGACAUCAUUACUUUAAUCCCAGAACACAAGUGUCCACAUUGAUGGAGAACAUCGAGAAGAUGCUGGAGGAAAACAGAGGAGACUUUUACUCCACAGAGACAUUUCUGGAGGUGCAGAUGGAAAAAAAUACAGAAUAUGAAGAGAUGAAGAAGAAACUUCAUUCGCUGGAGACAAACUUUCUGUCACAAGGUUCAGCUGAUAGAGAAGAUGAACUGAGGAUUGUUCUUCUGGGAAAAACUGGAGUUGGUAAAAGUUCAACAGGAAACACAAUCUUAGGAAGAGACGUGUUUGCAGCAGGCACAUCUCAAGAAUCUGUUACUGAAGAGAGUCAGAGAGAAACAUCUAAAAUCAAUGGCAGACGCAUCACUGUGAUCGACACUCCAGGACUGUUUGAUACUGAACUCAGUAAAGAGGAGAUCAAGAGAGAAAUCAGCAACUGCAUCUCCAUGAUUCUGCCUGGACCACAUGUGUUCAUCAUCGUGCUCAGUUUAGGACAGAGAUUCACUAAAGAAGAGGCGAAAUCUGUAAAGUUUAUCCAGGAGACGUUUGGUCAAAACUCUUUAAUGUUCACUGUGGUGCUCUUCACCAGAGGAGACUUCCUGAAGAAUCAGACCAUUAAAGAGUUUCUAGGUAAACCAGGAUCUGUGGUCAGACAACUGCUUGAAACUUGUGGAAACCGAUACCAUGUGAUCAACAAUAAUCAGCCUGAAGAGCGAACACAAGUGUCUGAACUACUGGAGAAGAUAGACAACAUGGUGAAGGCAAACGGAGGAAGCUUCUACUCAUGUAAGAUGUUCAGAGAGAUGGAGAGAGAAAAACAAGAACAGCAGACGAGGAUCCUGAUCGACAGAGUGAGAGAAACAGAAGAAAAGAUGAAAAAACUUGAGAAAGAGAAAGACAGACUAAAGAUGAUGGUGGAAGAGGAACGACUGAAUCAAGAGAAAGAACGAAAGGUUUUAGGUGAACAAAUUCAGAGACUUAAGAGUGAAAUAGAAGGAAUAAUCAAAAAGGAAGAAAUAACAGAAAGAGAGAGACAAGAACAACUAGAGCAUUUAGAGAAGAGACUGAAGAAAGAUCAACAAAAUAAUUUUGAAAUUUUAAAAUUGACUCUCCUUCAACAAAUGCAUGAAGAUGAACUGAAGAGAAGCCAAGCAAAGUCAGUGGCUAUUUUUGCUGAGAUCAUCUGUCAGAAACUGAAGGAGCCCAUUGAGCAGAGCGUCUACAAGAAAACUGCCAGAGAUUUAGCAGAUGAAAUUAUGAAAAACUGUGAAUCACUGAAUAGAAACAGAUUAAAGCUGGAGAAACACAUCCUGAAGACACUGGCAGAAGAGGAGGACUUUAACAAAUACAUGAACUACAUUCAUUAUCCCAGAGGUCACUACAAGAGUUUCAUCAGAGAUGAAGUCAGGCGCUACAUCAGAGAUAAGUUCAGCAUCAGUGUUUUACCCAAGAUGAAGGAGAACAUUAAACUCCUGCAGCAGAAGAUCAUGAACGCAGCACAUCAAUCUACUGAACAUGUUCAAGUCAACAGUGGAGAUGUUGGUUUGUGGUUGAAGAGUUUCACACAGCAGCUCUCAGAUCAGCUGAUCUUCUCUGAAAAAGACCUCAGUGGAGUCAAACAUGAUGAUGUUGAUGAUUUCACACUCCUAGAAGAUGUGAUCAGACAAGAGCUUCCUGCUGUAAUGUCAGACAUCAGCAGCAGAUUCAACACAGACACAUUUCCAGUAAAGCUGGACUAUAAGUUCAGGCCAGAUGAGCUUCUGAUUGAUCACUUCUGUCAGUGCUGUUGGGUUCAGUGUCCAUUCUGUGGAGCAACCUGCACAAACACCAGAGAAAACCAUCAUGGAGAUCACAGUGUUGCUUUCCACAGAGUGAGAGGAAUUAAUGGAAGAAAGUACUCUCCAAAUCUCCAUUCUGAUAUUUGUACAGAUUUAGUGGCAAGUGGUCAGAAUUUUAACACACCAGAUGGAAGGUUCCCCUGGAGAUAUUACAGAAGAGCAGGAGGAGUUUAUGCACAGUGGAGCAUCACUCCUGAUCUCUCUGAACUGCCCUACUGGAAGUGGUUUGUCUGUAGAUUCCAGAAAGAUCUGGAAAAAGAGUACAAGGAAAUAUUUGAAGGGAGAAGUAAGAUCCAAGAUGAGUGGAGAAAAUACUCAAAACGAGAUGCUAUUGAGAGUUUGGAUAAAUACGUGUAAUAGAGAAGAUAAAGAAUCAGACUUGCACUUUUGUUUUCCCUCACAUCAGUCAAAGUGAGUUUCUAUUACAUUCCUCAAUGAGAGUCCAAACUCGACAUCUCAGAGGAGUUGAGGAGGAUAUGAAUAUGAAAUCAUACACUAUCAGACUUAAAAAUAAUCAAACCUCGACCUGAAGACCAAACAGAGCAGCCUCAUUUAUCAACUCUGCACACAGAAAAACUAAACAUACACCGGUUUUCAUACUCGCGCUCAGAUGCACUAACAUCAAUAUGAACACAUGAGAGAAUGCGCGUUACUCCAGGCCAUCUUCAUAACUGGUGUUGGCACAUUUCUUGUGUUUUUGUCCAUUGGGUGAAUCUUAGGGGCAAUGAAGUGAAGAUACAAACAACUUGACCGCAUCAGAUUUAUGAAUUUUAUACUAGUGGACGUCUUAGCAUGUCAAUUUUUUUGCUUAUUAAGAUACGAGGAGUGAGAAUUCUUCAAGAAGCCAAGGCUCUUAAAUCUUCACAUCCCAGACCAAAUUGAAUCUGUUCUCUUCACUGAUUACAGUCCAAAGACAACUUCUUGCACUGUAAACUUGUGUAAUUUAGAGAUUUGGGAGGGCUGCGUCCCUGUCAAGGCGCUCCCUAUAGAACUUGUAUCUGUGUGAGUUCAGUUUAACCAAAGACUGAAAUAGGCAAGUUAUGCUGUCUCAUUUGUUAUUGUUAACAGUGCUUCUGAUUGGAGGUUUUUACAUGUGUCAUAAACCAGUCAUUUUUCUUUCGUCCGAUGAGUUUUAAAGUGUAACAUUGGUCUUAAUUUGUGCAGUAUCAUGUUACGCCCAAUCCCAAUUCUAUUUUUAUUCCCCUUCCUUAUGGCCCUUGAAACAAUGUGUGAAGGCAAAGGGCUUCAAAUUUACCCCCUAAGAAAUGGGUCAGCACUACUAUACCCGCACACAUCAGCAUAUGUUGUCCCAAGCACUUAAUUCAUAUGAGAUCAAUGAUGCUGACUGCUGGAGUCAUUCCAGUUUGGCUAAUUUUGGUAUUAAUCCUCUAAAUCACUGAAGGCAAUGAUAUUGUUGUAUCGUCAUGAUAAUGUUAUCAUGACGAUAAAAUGUGGCAAUAAUAUCAUAACUGUACUGUGCAUUUACACCGUGGCCAUAUUCAUCUAUGUCAGGGAUCACCAAACUUGUUCCUGGAGGG